UCAUGUAAAGUAACGUUAUUGCAACAGUCUCUUGUACAUCCUUCAUUUUCUAUGUCUUAUCGUCUCUCAUUUCCAUCUCAAUCAAAGUUGAGGUUGACCGUUCCAAGAAAAAACAAGAGAAACAUUUCAUCACCCCUAAUUUUGUGCUGCUCUGAACCCACUACUACUACAUCAACAACCAAUUCAACAGCUGUGAUUUCAACAUCAACUUCCACAAAUACGGCUCCACCAGUGAUUAAAAAAAGAGUAAGGUACAGAAAGCAGUACCCAGGAGAGAGCAUAGGUAUAACUGAAGAGAUGAGAUUUGUGGCCAUGAAACUCCGUAACUUAAAUGGUAAAAAGUACCCUUCUUCUUCUGUUAAUAGUGGCAGUGAUCGUGAGGAUUCCCAAGAUUCAUCAAACGACGACCUAAAACAAGAAAAAUCGAAGGAAUCUUUAGAUGAUGGAGAGAUUUGGAAACCGAGCAUGGAAGGGUUUGUUAAGUUCUUGGUCGAUAGUCAACUUGUGUUCAACACAGUGGAGCGCAUUGUGGAUGAAUCCAAUGAUGUGGCUUAUGCUUAUUUCAGAAAUACAGGAUUGGAACGAUCAGAAGGUCUUGCAAAAGAUUUGGAAUGGUUUAGGGAACAGGAUAUUGUAAUUCCAGAUGCUAGCACUUCAGGAGUUUCAUAUGCCAAGUAUUUGGAGGAACUUGCUGAGAGAAGUGCCCCAUUGUUCUUGUCCCAUUUCUACAAUAUAUACUUUUCGCAUAUAGCUGGUGGUGAAGUGAUUGCAAGACAGGUUUCUGAGAAGAUCCUGGAGGGAAGAGAGAUGGAGUUCUACAGAUGGGAGGGGGAUCCACAGGAAAUUUUGAAAGGUGUGCGUAAGAAUCUCAACAUGCUUGGAGAGCACUGGCCUCGAGAUGAGAAACAUAAAUGCUUAAAAGAAGCAGCCAAGUCUUUCAAGUUUUUGGGGCAGAUAGUUCGCUUGAUUAUUUUAUAAUGAAUACCAUUUCAAAUUGAAUAACUUUGGAAGUUUGUUAUUGCAGACAUCGUAUUCAACCUUUGGACUAGCUCAGGAGCAUCCCAUGGUGGCCUAUAUAUUGACUAGUGAAGACCAUAGAUGAACCUGUAGAAAGAACAGUGACUCUGCUCAGAGAACAAAACCAAUGUUAUCUUUUAGUGACUUCAUAUUCUCUUGUAGGGUUCUCAGCAGGAGAAGUUGGGAAUAUUUCACUCUGUUACAAAUAUAAUAUAGAAUAUAUCUCUAACCCUUGAAAAAAAAUCAGCUGAGGUUUGGUUUUAUAUUCUCUGGGGCAUAUGUGAUUUUCUGUUGGCACAACUCUUUGUGACCCUUGAGCAUCAUUAGGCCAGCACAGUGAAAUCCUUUGAUUUUACAUGUUUUAAAUUGCAUGUUUUGUCCCAUUUUCCUGUCAGUUUGAGUUUAAUACUAAUGGUGGAAGA